ACUUCAGUGUCUGUCAAUAAUUGUACAUGCUAAAAUCCCCUUAAUUAGUAGUUACACACCAGAAAAAAACUCAUUAUUGUGGAAUCACAGACAAACACUACUCAUUAACUUCAACAGUAUAAAAUCAGAAGUUACAGUCUCUCUUCACACCAGUAUGAUGAUGUUCAUCAAGUAGAAUCAUGUUAAAGGUGUACAGUCAGUACAGUAAAAUAAUACAGUUUAAAAGUCUACCUAAUCCAGAAGAUGUCUGGAUAUUACAAGAUAUUGUGGGUGAGGGGACAUAUGGGGAGGUAUACACGGCUAAAAAUCCAGAAACAGGUCAGAUAGCAGCUGUAAAAAUAUUAGAAUCUCUGCAUGAAGUUAUAGAAGAAUUAGAAGAAGAAUAUCUUGUGUUUCGGGAUCUCAGUCAUCAUCCAAAUAUUCCUGAUUUUUAUGGUCUGUAUUUGAAAACUGUUGAUUUAGGUGAAGAUCAGUUAUGGUUUGUCAUGGAGUUAUGUGGAGGAGGGGCGGUGACAGAUAUAUCUAAAGAUUUAAAAAAGCAGGGAAAGAAGCUGGAUGAAAAAACUAUUGCUCAUAUAUUAAAAGAAACUUUAUCGGUUUUAAAGUAUUUACAUGACAAUAAAGUCAUGCAUCGAGAUGUUAAAGGAAAUAAUAUUUUAUUAACAGACAAAGGAAAAGUAAAACUUUUAGAUUUUGGUGUAUCUGGUCAUUUAGAUGAUAAAUUAGGUCGAAGAAAAACACAUGUAGGAACACCAUAUUGGAUGGCACCAGAGGUGAUAGCUUGUGAAAAUCAGAUAGAAUAUAGUUAUGAUGUACGAUGUGAUAUAUGGUCACUAGGUAUCACUGCCAUAGAAUUAGCUGAUGGCUCUCCACCCCUGUCCGAUGUAGAUCCUAGGAGGGCUCUGUUUAAAAUUCCCAGAAAUCCACCACCAACUGUAGCUAAACCUUCUGAUUGGUCAGAUGAGUUUUUAGAUUUUAUUAAAAGAUGUUUAGUGAAAGAUUUUGAACAGAGACCAUUUACGGAUGAACUUCUACAGCACCCUUUUAUAAGACAAAUUACAGACCAAGAUAUACCAAGUAUUGAGGAGAAAUUAGUUGCCAUGACAACUAAGAUGGAAAAAACAGUGACUGCACCUGAUGUUACAACAAAACAUGGACAGUUUAAAUCGGGCCGAAAAUCACGUAAAGAUGUUUCUACAUCUGAAGAUCUGGCUAAAAUGGAAAAUUUGGAUGAGGAGUUGAUUGUAUCACAGUUAUUAAAUCGUUAUAUACAAGAUAUGAUUUAUACAUAUAUUGGUGAUAUUCUACUGGCAUUAAAUCCAUUUACACCUAUGUCUAUAUAUACAGAAGAGUAUACAAAAAAAUAUAUAAACGCCAGUAAAGAUGAAAAUCCACCACAUAUAUUUGCAGUAGCUGAUCAAUGUUAUCAACUGAUGAUGCAUAAUAAAAAUAACCAGUGUAUUGUUAUAAGUGGAGAAUCGGGUGCUGGUAAAACAGAAAGUGCUAAUCUUUUAGUUCAACAUUUAACUCAACUGGGAAAGGCACCAAAUCGUACAUUAGAAGAUAGAAUACUACAGGUGAACCCAUUAAUGGAGGCAUUUGGAAAUGCUAAAACUGUGAUAAAUGAUAAUUCAAGUAGAUUUGGAAAAUAUUUAGAGAUGUUUUUUACAUCUAGUGGUACCGUUGUUGGAGCCAAGAUAACCGAGUAUCUUUUAGAGAAAUCAAGAGUUAUUAAUCAAGCUAAGGGUGAACAGAAUUUCCACAUAUUUUAUUAUAUACAUGAUGGUCUGAUAUCUGGUGAAGGUAGUGACAAUUAUCAUCUCAAAUCUUCAACUAACUAUAGAUAUAUACAGGAAUACAGUAGUAAAGAUCCAGAUAUAGCCAGUUUAUCUAGUAAUAAAGUUAAAUUUAAAGCAAUACAACAUUGUUUUAACAUUAUAGGAUUUCAACAAGAGGAAGUGCGGGCUGUAUAUAGUAUAUUAUCUAGUAUAUUACAUACAGGUAAUAUUACUUUUAAUCAUCAAGAAUCACCUGGUGAAGAUCAGUGUGUUAUAAAGGAUAAAGCAUUAAUUAAUACAGUUUCCAAACUUCUUGGUCUUGAAUCCAAAGAUUUAAUAGAAGCAUUAACAACGACAGGAAUGGUGGCCAAAGGAGAAGUAAUUAUACGUAAUAAUAGUGUACAGGAAGCCGUCAAUGCCAGAGAUGCCAUGGCAAAAGCCUUAUAUGGUCGUUUGUUUAGUUGGAUUGUAAACAGAAUCAGUUCGUUAUUAAAACCACAGUCUGGUAAUACUCAAGAUAAUGAAAGUUUGGUCGUGGGAUUGUUAGAUAUUUUCGGUUUUGAGAAUUUUGUCAAGAAUUCAUUUGAGCAAGUGUGUAUAAAUAUAGCAAAUGAACAAAUACAGUAUUAUUUUAAUCAGCAUAUAUUUGCCUGGGAGAUGCAAGAAUAUGAGAAUGAAGGUAUAAAUGCUAGUGAGAUAACGUUUGUUGAUAAUAGACCUAUAUUAGACAUGUUCUUGAUGAAACCUAUUGGUCUGCUAGCAUUACUUGAUGAAGAAAGUCAUUUUCCAAAAGCUACAGACCGAACCCUUGUUGAUAAAUUUCACCAGAAUAUACGAUCACCAGUAUACAGUCGUCCCAAGGCUGAUAACCUGACAUUUUGUAUAGAUCAUUACGCCGGACGUGUAGAGUAUGAUGCUAAAGGAUUUCUAGAAAAGAAUCGAGAUCGCCUCUCACCAGAGGUUUUGAACAUUUUACGAACAUCAGAAAACUCUGUGGUGAAAGCUUUAUUUUUGACACCUCUUACUAAAACUGGUAAUCUACAGUAUGAUAGUUUAGCCUCAUCUAAAACAAGUUCUAGAUCAAGUACAUGUAAUCUGGCAUCACCAGUUGGUAAUGGUGGAGGUGGAGGGUUUACUAUUCAAAGUUUCUCAUCUAGAUCAACAACCAGUCUAGGUGGUAGUCGGAUUUAUUCAGCUCUUCAGGCAUCUGGGUCUGCUAGUAUGACCAGAAUACAGCAAACAGUAGCUACGUAUUUCCGUUAUUCACUUAUGGAUCUCUUGGCUAAGAUGGUGACAGGUACUCCACACUUUGUCAGGUGUAUAAAACCCAAUGAUGAAAAAGAUCCUGGUCAUUUUGAUUCAGUGAAGGUUAUGACACAGUUAAAAUACACAGGUGUUUUAGAAACUACUAGAAUCCGACGUCAAGGCUACUCCCACCGUGUUUCUUUUACAGAUUUUAUUAAAAGGUAUCAUAUGUUAGGAUUUAGCUGGAAAGAACGCCCAACCUUUACCAAAGAAAGUUGUCAAAUAUUACUUGAGCGAUUAGGAUUAAAGAACUGGGCACUUGGUCGGACCAAGGUAUUUUUGAAAUAUUAUCAUGCGGAACAGUUGGCCCGUCUGUUUGAAAAUCAGAAUAAGAAGAUAGUAAUGGUACAAGCCUGUAUUCGUAUGUUCAUAGCUAGAUCUAGAUUCUACAAACUAAGAUGGAAGCGAGAAAAGGCAGCUCUAGAAAUUCAGACACGUUUCCGUGGUUUCCAAGCUAGAAAAAUAUUUUGUGCUGAAUCAAACAGAAGGAAGAUGGCUGCUAUUAGUGUUCAGAAAACUAUUCGUGGAUAUUUAGCAAGGAAAGAAAUUAAACCUCAAAUAGAAAAGCGACGACAGGCAUCAACAGCUAUCCAAUCUGUAUUCAGAGGUCACAUGGUGAGACGUAAAGCUAAACAACAAAUAUCAAAAGAAGAUGAAAGUGCCAAAAAAAUACAAAGAGCUUUCAGAAUACACAAAGCUCGUACAACCGCUCGUCUAUUACGUAACGAAAAGCGUAAUUGUGAGGAAAGAGCAGCUAAGAUGAUACAAACCUAUUUUAGAAUGUGGCGCUGUAAAACAGUUUAUCAACAGUUGUUAGAUCAUAAAAUACAGAGAGAGAGUCAACUCAUUAACUUCGGACAACAGGUUGAACAGCUAAGUAAAGAUACGUUAAACCUACAGAAGCAAAAUAACAGUAAAUUAAAGAUGAUUGGUACUCCUACUACACCAUCACCGACACAUAAAAAUAUCUUUGAUAUUGUAACUAAAGAACAUGUAGGAGAGGCAAGACUCGAACAAAUGAAAAGAAUGUCAGAAGAAAAACAUGUGCUACCAGAAAAAGAACUGGAGUAUUAUAAUAAAGUGUCUGGUUAUUACCAUGAAGAUAAAACUCUGACAGACCAACAGAAUAUCACAAGUUCCCCUGAUUCAAUAGAUUCUCCUGAUCAGUCAUAUACUGUUCAACCCUCCACCAGUUCUGAUUUAACUGAUGGUUAUACUUUACCAGCUUCAGAGAGUCUGCCCCUUAAACAAUAUAAUAAAGAUUGUAAAGAAAUAAUGAAAGAAGAAAAUAGAAUAUAUUAUGAUAGUAUUGUUAAUGAAAACACUGAAAGGUCUUUAAAAUCAGCCCGGGAAUCAAAAGAUCAUAAUUCAGACCAGAACCUGUCAACAGCCGAAUCAUCAACUUUAUCUAGAACAUUAUUGGCUAAAACAGCUGCUAAAACAUUCAUGGCUAAUAAACCACGUCCAGAGAGUUUGUUAACUCCACUAACUUUACCAAAAAGUGAAAGUUAUUCUAAUCUGCCUUGGGAUGCACCGUUGCAAAAUGCUAGACAGUCAGCUUUAUCUGUAUCGAGACCAAUUUUUAUAAAGAUAUAAAUUGAGAGAUUCCAUGUCUGACCAAACAUUUAACUCAGAAGCAAGUUCACACCUAAAUCUUCCUGGUACAUCCAAUGAGAGCACAGUUUC